AUGAACUACAAACCGCGCAAUAGCGUCCUAUAUCUAUUUGACCCGCUCAGAUCACCUUCCACGCCACGCAGAGAACCAUCGCCAGACUCUGGCAGUUCAGACAAGGAGAACGACAUUCCGCCAGGGGAGAUAACUGUUUUUUUCAAUCGCAUCUAUACGACCCGGAAUGACGUCGUCAAGGAGGCUUCUAAAGGGCCAUUAAUCGAUUUUGGCGACACGACGGUAGAUGAGAGUGCUAAUGUGGAAUCUAAUGUCAGCUCAGAACAGGAGUCGAAGAGAGGGGAGUUGUCUGGUGAUGAUCCAGAUUGCGGCGAUAUCAACUUGAACUCGGACAGCUCGUCCAGAAGGGUUCCACUCGCCGACAUACAACUGGACGACCCAUUUAAAAUGUGCGAGUCCCAAGUGGAAGCUGUUGUCCUUGCGGAUCAAGAUUCUUCCCCACCUCAUACCGUCACUGCAGCCCCCGCUGGCGCACCGCUUGCCGAGGUGAUCAACUCUAUUAAUCUCUCGUCAAUGACGCUGUCGCCGUCUCGUAUAUUUAGCGCUCGCGCUGCGGUCUCAGCACCGAUACCAGAACAAGACGGGUCAGCGGAUCCUGUUACUGAAGAUACCGAGGAUACAAUUUCUAUUCCACUCUCGUUCCCGCAUAUCACUGUCAGCUCGCCUAGCCCAUCAGAGUCGGAUUCCUUGACAGAAUCCGAUUUACCACCAACCUCUGACUCGCCUAGCGACCGUCUCUUCGCAUCCUCAUCCGCUGCUGUACCGCCUACACUUCGGCCACCGUCUUCAAACACAAUAUCUCCUAAUGACCCUCGUCGUACCUCCGUUGACCUUCAUGCAUCUUUCAGCAUGCAUAUGCAAUCUGCUGAAAUGUCAUUUGACUUGCUCAAUGAUAAGAUCUCAUUCCUUGGGCAUGGCGCGGAUUCAUUCUGGAUGGGAGGGCAGGCCGAUCCAGACAGUGAUUUUGAUCUUGACGAAGAGGAAAGGCAAAUGGAGACUCAUCUAUUGGAAUGCGAACAAGCUGAGAACAUGCAAGUUGGUCGGGACUGUGAUGUAUCUGGAAGCCCCGCUGUUGUUCCACUAGAUUUGUCGGUCUCUGGUAUGGAGUAUGUCGCGUCACCGCGAUUUGCCGUUGCUUCGUCUACCACGAGUGCAUUCACUGAAGAUGACCAGCUGUGGACGUCACCGCAGCCUGCCGUUUCAGAUGAAUUAUCCGAUGCUAUUGAGCAAACUCUCGAACGUAGAUCUUCGAUAAUGUCUGUGUUCUCGCCUCCUGAGGCUAUAAUCGACUCCCCGCAAGCUCCGGUCUUCCUCGAAAGGAGAGCAUCCAUAUCUCCUCUAGCCUCUCGUGCUGUCACCAUUCCAGCGCUUCGUAUCGCGAAGAAAACAUGGAAGAUGCAUGGCCACACGGACUCGUCCGCUAGCGCCGGAUCGUCAGCCUCUAGUUCAAGCUCAAGCCUUAGUACUAGCAUGAAAAGCGUACAUACAAUAUCUCCCGCUCAUUUGCCGAUGAGCCAGCCGCAACUCAACCGCAAGUUUGGCCAGAACGUUGCACUCGAGCAAGCAGCUGUCCAGAAGUCGGAAGCCGAACAAACUCAAACUGCCAUCGACUUGAUUUCUCCGGCUGUGGGUGACCCAGUGCCUACUCGAAAAACGACAAUUCGAGGCGUUCAACGUCCGCCAGUAGUACCGGAACUGACGGGUUCAGGUGUGAUCACACCCUCUGAGCCCUCACUUGGCCAGCGUCGUCUCUUCACUCGAUCAAAAAUCGUCCCUGCCUCUGUGAAACCCGAUACAGGGCGACACGCCACUUUAGGACGAUUCGCGGCCGCGGGCAUCCAGAGGCCGAAUCUCCAACAAAGCGCUAAGAUUUCAUCCACUCAGAAGUCACGCAUGGCAGCUAUCCCCAAGCCUGAGAAGACCUCCAUGGAAGUUGUCGGUACCACGACUGGAGCUUCAGCUACCUCGAGCUGUGUUUCCACUACUGCUUUAUCGAGGGCUGGUAGAAGUAUCGGAAGGACAACUGGUUUGAGACCGCCGUCGCAAUACGGGAGCGUCGGACGUGUUGCGGGGGUCCCUUCCGCCCUUCCUCGACCCGCUUCGCGAUUGCUUGCCCCUGCCACCACGGCCGGGCUCAAGGGUAAGGACGCAAUGUCAUCCAGCUCUGUCGGUCGAGCGAGGGAUGCAAGGGCCAUCCCGAGAGGUUUGUGA